UAUAACCUGAGGCAGUCAGAAGUAUAGACGGAGUCAAUGGAUGGAAGGUUGAUUAUGUGAUGGACUGUGCUGUCCUCACAACUCUCUGUGGUUUCUUACAAUCCUGGGCAGAAAGGUUGCCAUACCAAGCUGUGAUGCCUUUGGAUAGAAUGCUUUCUCUGUUGCAUCAAUAAAACCUGUGGCAAUGACCUGGAACUUGUUAACCAUGAAGAUGGUGGAAGCAGGAAGGAUCUGCAGGUAGAUUUACACUCGCCUGCUCGCAGGUCUGAAGAGGCUUGUAAAAUUACUUUAUGAAAAUGGAUGCAAUAAAGAUAAAGGUGGAUGAUUUUCCUGAUAUUUUCGAAAACUACACGAAUUUUGAGAACGACACUUCUGUUCCCAAUGUGUCACCUUGUCUACCAUUCAUUAACAGUCAUUCCAACAAUGUUGUAAUUGCUGUUUUCAAUAGCCUGGUGUGCUUCCUCGCUGUGACAGGGAAUAUUAUUGUAAUGAUUGUCCUACUUUAUAAUCGACGGACCAUCUCAUCCACAGACAUCUACCUGCUUCAUCUGGCAGUGGCUGAUCUGCUCUUUGCCGUGACCUUGCCUUUUUGGGCAGUGGAUGCCGUAUCUGGCUGGGUGUUUGGUGAUACCAUGUGUAAAAUUAUCAGCAUGUUACAGGAGAUUAACUUCUACAGUGGGAUUUUAUUGCUGGCUUGUAUUAGUAUUGAUCGGUAUCUGUCCAUUGUCCAUGCCACAUUAGCCCACAAACAGAAGAGACCAUUUCUAAUUAAGCUAGUUUGUGCUACUGUUUGGGGGUUAGCCAUUGCUUUGUCUUUGCCUAUUCUGUUCAAAGGUGAAUAUCAACCAAAGGGCUUCAACAGAAUUAUAUGUCAUGAGCUGCUUGAUGGUGCAUCAGCUGAAAAAUGGAGAGUGAUCACUAGGCUUUUGAGGCAUUUCAUUGGAUUUCUUAUCCCAUUGGCUGUCAUGGUUUUUUGCUACAGUGUGACAAUUUGGAAACUGUGUCAAACUAGGGGAUUUCUGAAACAUAAAGCCAUGAAAGUUAUCAUAGUGGUGGUGUUGGCUUUUCUCAUUUGUUGGUUCCCACACAAUAUUACUGUGUUCAUUGACACACUGAUGAGAGGUAAACUCAUUGCUGAGACUUGUAACUUCCGCAAUAAUGUUGACCAGGCUCUGUCUGCAACUCAAAUCUUGGGUUUUCUGCACAGUUGCAUUAAUCCAAUCUUAUACGCAUUCAUUGGGGUGAAAUUCAGGAGUAACCUGAUCAAACUCUUAGUUUCAAAAGGAAUCAUUGAACAAAGUGAAACAUCACAUGAAAGAUCGGUACCCAUCUCUGCCUCUGAAUUCACUUCAGUCAACAUAUAGACUCUUUAGUGGCUGGAUUAUGGUUAACCCACUCCUACCACCUGUCACAAAGUUGGUCCUUUUUUUUCUAAAAUACAGUGAAGAAAUUCCUUUUCUCAAAAAUACAGUGUCCUUGGUUUUUUACAGAGGAGUAAUAAAAUGCUCUUGGUUCCGAUUAGACUGGUUUGGGAAAGAGAUCAAAGGGUUUUGAGAGGCCUUUUUGUUUAUAUGUAAACAGAU